UAUGAAUGUGUGUCAUUGCGAGUUUAACACGUGACAAACCUCGUUUUCCCGGGAAUUCAGACACGUGACAAUGACGUCUAAUGGAGCGAAGACAGUUUUUCCCGCGAACGACAACACUGAACACGCUCAUUAAGGAAGAAAAGCAUGCUGGCUAUCCGUAAAAGACGUAGAAGACCUCAGCAGGAUGCUGAAGAUAACAUCAUAUUUGAAACUGAAAAGCCUGGUCUUCAAGAGCAGUACAUCAGCAAAUAUAAAGGCCGUGGCGUUUUCACCACUGAAUCUUUCUGCAGAGGAGACUUUGUUCUUGAAUACAGAGGUGAACUUCUGAGUUCAAAGGAGAGUCUUGAACGAACUAAAAACUACACUGAAACUGAGAGCACAUUCUUGUUUGAUUUUCAGUGGCAUGGAAAAUAUUGGUGUAUGGAUGCAUCCAAGGAAGACAAGUCCCUGGGAAGACUUGUCAACGAUGAGCACAAAAAUCCAACUUGCAAAAUGAGAACUGUUGAAGUGAAGAAAAAGCCUCAUCUUUGUCUAUUUGCUGUACGAGACAUUUUACCAGGUGAAGAAAUCACUUACAACUAUGGCGACUCGGACUGGCCGUGGAGAGCCAAGUCUUUAAAUGAACCGUCAACAGAAUCCAGUGAUGUAAAAUCAGUCAGCAGUUUGGGCCCACAGAAAUCGCAGCGGUUUCAAUCAAGAAUGUCAAAGUUGCGACAACAUCAUGAAGAUUGUUAUAAUCGCUUUAAAAGAGCAGAGACUGAGAGGAAUGAGAGUGAAAAGAAACAUCUCAAGCUAUUGCAUGAUCAGGUCACUAAACAGCUGUCACAAAAGAUUGCUCGGUGA